AACUGUCACCUGCGAAAAAGAAAGACAAUGAGUUUAUGUCAGUUUACGUUUAUGAUUUUAUUAAGUAUUUAUUGACAAAAUAUUAUAAUUAGAAGUUAAAAAUUAAGUAAAAAUGACUGUAAAUAAUACUAUUGCGCAUCAGCGUUUAAUUCUUAGUGGCGAUCGUGAAAGAUUUAAAGAUUUACUAAUGCGAAGAUUAAUAGAAUGCGGAUGGCGAGAUCAAGUACGAAUGUUGUGUCGAGAGGCGGUUAAAGAAAAUGAAGGAGGCAAUGUAAACUUCGACACACUUGUCUCAAGAGUGACCCCACGAGCGAGAGCACUAGUCCCGGACACUGUAAAGAAGGAAUUGUUACAAAAAAUUAAAACACAUCUCUUGACACAAAAGGACUAAUAAUUGAUAUAUUUGUUGAGCCAGCUACACACCUUCACUUUUAACUUACACAUCUGUUAAGUUAUCUGACAAUGUUGGCUACACACAUACAUUUUAAUUGAACAUUCCAAUUGUUCAGUUAAAACUGAAAGUGUGUGUGUGGCUUCAUGUAAUUAGGUUUCAUUUUGA